CGUAACACCGUCACCGCGUGGCCCCGCCCCUUUUCCUAUGGAGGAUUUAUUUAUUUUCUCCUCCGUCUCCUCCGCUCACCCGCCAACCAUUACCGCCGACACGACUCGUCGAACCGCGGCGGGACAGCGCCACAGCGGAGGAGGCGCGAAAGGAUGAGCGGCGGGACGCAGAGCCGACCGGAGCCGCCGCCGCCGAGCACCGGAGGAGGCGACAUGACUGCAGAAUAAACAGCGGUUCCGAGGAUGUCUCGAGCGGCCGGACCUGCGCCGCCCGCCGGGGCCGGGACUGGGACCGGGACCGGGUCAGAGCUGCCGGACCUGAGCCACCUGACCGAGGAGGAGCGGCGCAUCAUCCUGUCGGUCAUGGAGCGACAGAAGAAGGAGGAGGAGAAGGAGCAGAGCAUGCUGAAGGAUCAGGAGGAAGGGAAACCUCCCUCGGCGUUGUGGAAUCCACUCUCAGGGUUCAGUCAGUUGGUCAAUAACGUUGCUGCCAAUGUGUCCGAGGUUCUGCAGGUUAAAAGUCCAACUGACAGCGAGUCGCAGACAAAGUUACAUCAGCAGUUCGAGAUGUACAAAGACCAGGUGAAAAAGUUGGGGGAGGAGCCUCCGGUGGCUCACACGGCGAGGGCGGAGUCUCCCACCUGCGGCAUCUGUCACAAGACCAAGUUUGCAGACGGCUGCGGCAGGGCCUGCUGUUACUGUCAGAGCCGCUUCUGCGCCCGCUGUGGGGGGCGUGUCUCCCUGAGAGCCAACAAGGUGAUGUGGGUGUGCAACGUUUGCAGAAAGCAGCAGGAGAUCCUCACUCGGUCAGGGGAGUUCUACUCCAACACCUCACUGCUGUCUGUCGAUCAUGGCUCCCACGGGGCUCCCCACCCACAAACCCAGGGGCCUCCAGGGCCCAAGGCAUCCCUCAGUAAUGGAGCCAUGGAGCAGAGGCGGAGCCCCACUGGUCUGUAUUUUGAUGCUAUGGCGGACAGGAUGCCUCGCUCUCCCUCUGACCAUGGCCUGGACCGCCGUGCUCGCUUACCGCAUAGCUACCAUGGCAACGGGGAGGAAGAGCUGCGAGCGAGCCGACGACCCAUCAGAGAUGGACGAGGCCGCUGGCACUCACAGGACCACCCCCUGGACCAGGUUCUGGUCGACCGCGAGCUGCGGCGGCGGCAGGAGGAGGAGUUCCAGGCUCGCUACCGCAGCGAUCCAAACUUAGCUCGAUACCCAGUGAAGCCGCAGCCGAGCGAGGAGACCAUGAGGAUGCUGGCUCAGGUCGGUCGGGUGCGCCACCAGCGCCGCCACAGUGACGUGUCCUUAGCCACAGCUGAGCCUGAACACCUGGCUCUGAGGCACAUAGCCUCCCGUCAGAAUCGGCCUCAGGGGCUGCUUGGCUCUGGAGGUCAGAGGUCAUUAUCUGUGGACCGGACGGUCAACCACAUGAGCCCUACGUCCCCCCGCCGCAGCCCCCUGCCGCAGCAACACCUGGAUCCCAGCUCCGCCCUCAAGAGGAAGCCGGCCGGAGACAACAUGGCACAGAGAGGGUGCAUGAUGGGAAAGAUGCAUGUGAUCGGCAGCUUCAGCAGCUCGGAGGAGGAGCUCGUGACGCCCGACUACACCAGCUGCGAUGAACACGACAGAGACAUGGAGAGCCAAUGGUGGGACCACAGCUCCUGGCAUGGCGAGCCUCCCCCCAUGUCUUUGCAGCCGGUGACGUGGCAACCAUCCAAAGAUGGCGAGCGCCUGAUUGGUCGAAUCGUUCUAAACAAACGGAUGAAGGACGGGACGGUUCCUGCCGAUACGGGAGCGCUGCUGGGGCUGAAGGUUGUCGGGGGAAAGAUGACGGAGUCUGGCCGCCUCUGUGCGUUCAUCACGAAGGUGAAGAGAGGAAGUUUGGCCGACACCGUGGGACACCUGAGACCAGGGGAUCAGGUUCUGGAGUGGAACGGCAGGGUUCUUCAGGGGGCCACAUUUAAUGAGGUCUACAACAUCAUCAUGGAAUCCAAACCAGAACCGCAGGUGGAGCUGGUGGUGUGUCGACCCAUUGGAAACACGUCCAGACCAGCAGACGGCUCACAUGUUCACAUGGACUCCAGUUCGAGCUCCUUUGAGUCUCAAAAAGUUGGUCCAUCCAUCUCCGUCACGUCUCCCAUGAGCCCCAGCGUUCUGUCCGGACAGGUCUCUGCUGUGAACAAGUGUCCUCUGGUUCCCAGAAUUCAGAUAAAGCUGUGGUACGACAAAGUCGGUCAUCAGCUCAUCGUCACCAUUCUUGGAGCCAAAGAACUUCCCGUUCGGGACGAUGGACGACCCCGAAACCCCUAUGUGAAGAUCUACUUCCUUCCUGACAGAAGCGAUAAAAGCAAACGGAGGACAAAGACGGUGAAGAAGUCACUGGAACCUCGCUGGAACCAGACGUUCAUGUACUCCCCGGUGCACCGUCGAGAGUUCAGAGAGCGGAUGCUGGAGCUGACCGUGUGGGACCAGGCCCGGGUCAGAGAGGAGGAGAGCCAGUUCCUGGGAGAAGUCAUGAUCGAGCUGGAAUCGGCCCUGCUGGACGACCAGCCUCACUGGUACAAACUGCAGCUUCACGACGUUUCCUCUCUUCCGCUGCCCAACGCCUCGCCGUACCCGCAGAGGAGAGGCCUGCAGGCCGAGCCGUCGCAGAGCAGCAGGAGGCUCCAGAGCAAAUAUUAUCACUCAGGGUCCCAGAGAAUCAGUGACAGCGAGUUCUCCGACUACGACUGCGAAGACGGCAUCGGGGUAAUAUCAGAUUACAGACAAAAUGGGCGGGACUUCCACAGCUCCACCCUGUCGGUGCCGGAGCAGGUGAUUUCCUCCAAUCACUGCUCCCGAUCCGAUCUGGUCAGGAUGAGGUCACGGUCGCCGAGCCAGCCGCCUCCUCAGAGCGGUAACCCGCUGUUGCCGUUGUACCGUGAGGAUGCUGUACGGCUGCUGCGCGGCUCCAAGCUGAGCAGAACUUACUCUGAUGUUUGUCAGUACAGCAGUCUGGACAGGAGGUCACUAAGGCGAAUGUCUGUCGGCAACUCUCUGGAUUCCUAUGACAGAUACAAUGGUUUGCACAACAAAUGGACAAGCCAUACAGUAAAUGGACACUUUGAUGACUACAGUCAAGACGUCAUCCCAGACUUUCCCUACGAGCCUGAUGCUUUUGAGGAAGAACUGCUGAGGGCAAAUGCUCGAGGUGGAUCCACCCUCACUAGUCCAACAGGAACGCCGGUCUGUGGCCGAAGAGGACGCCAACUUCCUGUUGUCCCACCAAAAGGAGCAGCAGACAGAAAUGGGGAACCUUCUGACUUUGUUCAAACAGUUUCGGCUUCGCUAGCCACAGGAGCGCCUGCCCCUUCAGUAGUUACUCCCACUCAUCAAGCCCCGCCCCCUAUGCACAGACAGGCGUCUCUUCCAGUCAGUCACCAACCUCCUCUGAUACGUAUACAGGGACCUCCUCCUCCUCCAUCUGCCCAGGCCCACCCCCCUCCUGCAUCUGUGCCUGCACCUGCACCAUCAGCUACGCCUGCACCCACUCCUACAUCUGUGCCUCGACCCGUCCCCUCGUUCCCACCUGUUAAUGCACCUGUACAUGCUGCACCUAAGCAUGCACCUGCACCAACAACUGUAAAUGGACCAACAACAGCAGCUCCACGUGCACCUGCACCUCUACGUGCACCUGCACCAACACCUGUAAAUGUACCAACACCAGCACCUCAACCUGUACCUUCGCAUGCACCUACACCAACACCUGUAAAUGUAGCAACACUAGCACCUCAACAUGCACCUGCACCAACACCUGCAAAUGUACCAACCCCUUUACACGCACCUGCACCUUCACCUGCCCCAGUACCUGCAAAUGCACCAAUGCCUACAUCUACACCCGUACAUGCAUCUGUCACUGCUCCAACAUUAGCUCCUGUAGUUGCACACACUCCAUCUCCAGUCCCUGCUCCAGCUCAGACGCCAGUCUCUACCGUUCAGUCUCCACCAACACCCAUACCUGCCCCAACCCCUGUCGCUAUGCCCACAUUUGACCCUUCACCAGCCCCUUCACCGGUCCCACCCCCACAGACUCCAGAUCCAGAAAGACGCUCAGCAACACCUGGAGGUACCAGAAAAGAGGUCAAAUGGGAGGACCAACAGAAGAAAACCGCUAAUGGAGAGGUGUUACCAGUGAGCAGAGAAGGUGUGAUGAAAGACCCCACAAAGUUGAGAGACAGCCUCUCCUUCAAAUCAUCCGACAGCGAUGUCAGCGACGUCUCCGCCAUGUCAAACGCUUCGGACACCAGGUCUGCUCGCAAGUUGAGUCCGAUGGAAUCUGUGGAGGUCCCAUCAGCAGAGGUGGUGGCAGGAGCAGAGGGAGCACAGGAGGUGGGGGGGGAGUCAGAGGGAAAGGCUCCUCUGCAGAAGAGCGAGUCAGUGGAGGAAGGACAGGAGGAGGAGGAGGCUGAGCCUGCAAAGCCUGCCUCAACGCCUGGAGCUCCUCUCGCCAAAUCCUCCAGUGUUGGCGGUGAGAUCUGCUCACUGGGGAGAAACGACGACGAUGACGACGACAAAAAGCGGCGCUCGAGCUUCGGAGCGAGGAUGAUGGGAAUGGUGGGACUGGGAAAAAAGAGCCAGAGCGCCUCUCAGCUCAACCCGGAAGAAGAGGAGAAGAAGAAGAAAGUGAUAAGACUUCCUGUCCAGAGAAGUGUGGAAACUGGGUUGGCCGUGGAGUUUAAAUCUCGAUUCACCCGACAGCCGAGUCGAGAUCCUGACGCCGAAGACCCGAAACCUGGAGCUCUCAUUUUCCCCGGAGUGAAGUUGGCGUCAGACAAACAGUUCACUGGCUUCCUGGAGGGAUUAGGCCCCGCCCAGCUGGCUGGAAGGCAGACUCUAGCUACGCCCCCCAUGGGGGACAUCCAGAUUGGGAUGGUUUACAGGAAGGAGCGUCUGGAUGUUGAGGUGAUUCGUGCCCGCGGGCUUGUGGGUAAACAAGGCAACAAAAACACUCCAGCUCCUUAUGUGAAGGUUUAUCUAAUGGACAACGGGAAGUGUGUGUUGAAGAGGAGGACUCGCCUGGCGAGGAAAACCCUUGAUCCUCUUUAUCAGCAGCAGCUGCAGUUUGAGGAGAAUCCUGAAGGAAAAGUGCUGCAGAUCAUCGUCUGGGGCGACUACGGCCGCAUGGACCACAAAUCCUUCAUGGGCGCGGCUCAGAUCCUACUGGAUGACUUGGACCUGUCCAACAUGGUUAUCGGCUGGUUUAAACUCUUUCCUGCCACCUCAUUGGUGGACCCUGCCUUGGCCCCACUGACCAAUAAGGAGACAGAGGGCGGCAAGUCGUAGCGUCUGGAGAAGGGACGGACUGCGUCGUCUCGGUUGAAAACGCCCAGGAGCAGGCAGGAGGGGACGUUGCUGAGCAGAGCCUCUGGUGGUCCUCCUGUGCUGCUGCAUGCUGCAUGAUGAUGAUGAUGAUGUCAUGUUGAUGACGUAACAGUGCCAUGAUGAGGACGUCACCGGGAGCUGGAAGGGCGGAGGCGGCUCCAUCCUUUGACCCAGUGCAGGCUGGGCCACGCAGCGAAAGAUGCUUGGAAAAAGAAAGGCGGCGCCGAAUGACCUCCAGGUGUCACCCAAUCACAGCAGCUCCUCGGGAGUCACAUGACUGUAAGAGGCAUGUCCAAGACAUAAAAAAAAAACUGUGGGUCCGGUCCAAUAAUCAGAAAUCUCCUGUAGAAAUCAAUUUUUUUUAAAUUUAAUUUAAUUUCUUUAUAUGUUGCUGUAAAACAUCACGACGUGAAGGACAGACAUGCGAUGAAGCUGACGGUUCUGCAGAGGAGGAAGAGUCUCGGCUGCUCACCUUCACCUUAAACUUCUCAUCGACCAGCUGGAGGGAAAUAACUGAACGACACUUUGAAUGUUCUAGUCUAAAGGAAUUGUGGGACAGAAAAUUUCUUUCCUUUCAUAAAGGAUGGUCCAUCGGUUCCUUCAUUAAAAGAGACAAUUAAACAAAAACAAAAAAAGCACUGAAGUUCAUUUCCUUUAGAUGAUUUAGGCUGUUUUACCAGCUUUCCUCGUAGCGCUCAGUUAGAAAGCUCCACUCAUCUCAUUUGACAGUAAAAAAGCCUCUUCGACUGGACCCUCGACCGUCACUUCAUCGUUUCCAUGAAGGUGCAGAAACAUGGAGGCGUGUUUCUUUGUGUUUUUGCAUGGAACAAUGAAAAGAUGAAAAAAAAGAUCAUUUGAGGCAUCUGUAAAAAAAAAAGGGGGGGGGGGGACUAUCCAAAAAGUCAGGAGAACAUUAAAACAUGAAUAUGACAAGCAGAAAAAUAAAAGAUUCUUUAAGGUU